UCGACGUCAGCAUGAGCCCGUGAUACGUGUAUGGUAAGAAGUCGGGAAAGCUGUUGUGAAUUUGCAGACCAUAUUUUCAUUAAUUUUAUGUCAAGUUUAUCAUAACACGUCGCCAAAAUAAUGGAGUUUACAGAGGUCGUAUCUCCGCAUGUUGCAGUACCAGUGGUUGGAGUUUUACUUUGUGCGUUUUUGGUUUUUGCGUUUGGGUUUAAAACACCUGGUCAACCACCAAGCUUCAAUUUUGAAGAAGAUAACAAGCGAAAGAGAUCAAAGAAAUCAAAGCCUUCAAAGAAUCAAACAAAUGGACAUGUUAUAGCAGCAAAUGAUGAUGAAAGUGAUAAAGCUAACAAGCUGUCAGUGCAAUCAAAAGUGACAAAGUCUCCAAAAUCAACUGCCAAAAAGUCUCCAGAACAGAAUAAAAAGAUCAAGAAACAAGCCAAAGAAAUAGAAGAAUCUAAACCUGUGGCCCCUGCACCUGUAUCUGAAGAUGAUGGAGUUGGGUGGACAACUCAGGUGUCCAAGAAAGACAAAAAGCAGAAGAAAACUAUCGUUGAGUCUGACAUUGAAUACAAAAGUGUUGAGGAGAAGCCAACAGAGAAAGCCAGUGCUGAGGAGAAGAAUAAAUCUGUUGACCAGAAGAAGAAAAACAAGAAAAAGAAUCAACAGGAAACUGUUACAGUUCAAGAAGAGAAGGUCAUAGAAACGAAAGUAGAACCCAAGGAAACAGUAACAGAAAGUAAUAAAAAGACCAAGAAUAAGAAAAAGCCUGAGGUGAGCAAAGAGCCUGAAAAAAAGACAACUGAUGCAGCAAAGCCUAGAGCAGAACCUGAGAAGAAAAAAGAGGAACCCGCAAAGCAAGCCAAGGAGAGUGCCCCAGAAACGAAGUCUUCACCAAAGAAGAAGAAAGGAGCACCGGCCCCUGAGAAAAAGGAGGAAGAAAGCAAGCCUGAACCAAUUAAAGAGAGUAAGAAGGCAGUAGCUGCCCCAGAGAAAACUGCUGGGGACUCAAAGAAAUCAAAAGCAAAGCCCAGUGCUUCCUCUGAACCCAAAGCUGCCAAAGCAACCCAAGAUGUGGUCUCAGAAUCAAAGAAAAACAAAGAUGAGGCUGAGGCCAAAGAGAAAGUUGUUGAAAAAGAUGAUUCCGCUGUCUCAUUUGAUGAAAUUGGAGAAUCCUGGGUUGAAGCCAAGCCAAAAAGCAAGAAGAAGAAAGCCAGGCGAGACAACUAGCCACUGGUGUUUGUUUUUUUGUUGUUGUUGCUAGAUACUGCAAUAAAAGGUGCUGGAUCCUUGUUUAUGAGGCACUGUGACCUUGACACAUUAUGACAAAGGCCUUGAUUGUGGUGGUUCAUUUAUAUAAGUGCAAGGCCUGCUCACAUUUCAGGCACAGUCAAAGGCACAGCUUGCAUAUCAGAGAAGAAAAAUAAUGACCAUAACUAUAUGUUUCAUUUUGUUUUAAAAUUAUCAUAGGUUAAAAAUGUUGAAUUACAUGUAUAUAGACAUUUUAGCUGUUUUUCAGAUUAGAAGGGGAUUCAGUUGCAAAAAAGUGGUCCCAAUAUUUUCAGAUUGUUUUUAGUCUUGAUUCGAAGAAGAUUUACGCAAAUGAAUAUAAUGAAACAUUUUAUCUGCGGUAACUUGUAUUAGUAUUGCUCAACCCAUUUUCCUGUGAUUUUUGUUAUCUGUUUUUUUUUUUUUCAUCCCUCUGACACGGUGUUAAAAGAUUUCAGCAAUUUUUUGAUACUGAAGAGUUUUGCAAGCCAAAUUAGGAGUAACAUAGGCUGUUGUAUAAAUAAUCUAGUCAGCAUUUACAAGAAUAAUGCUGUUGGUGUAACUUUUGAAGAAUUCAUUACCUCAAACUUUGUUUGGGUAGUAGAGACUAUAAGAAGAGAAGUCUUUAAAAAACAGUUUAAAUUCUGUAAUUGUUCCAUUUAUACAACAUAGAAAUCAAUUCAAAAGGGAUAUACAUGUACUACAUGUAUAAAUGUUUUUGGAGAAAUUAAGAUGGGCUCUUCAGCUUAAAUAUAUAAUAUAUUAUUUGUUAUUUCUGAUUUCUGUUUCUAUACUUCCCUUUACUGGUAUGGUAUGUUUGUCUGAAAAAGAAUCUAAGUAUAACACCAUAUAAAUGAAAAUCUUGUUACAGAACUUGCACUUAAUUUGUGUUAUAAAAGAAUGAAGAUAUAUUGAGACUUUGAUAGCAAUUAUAGAUUUCUUUUGCAAUGUCUGUGUCAAUAGGAUGUAAAUGUGCUUUGAUAGCAUAUGAUAUUGUGAAGCAAUAAGUUCUCGUUAUUGAAAACAGCACUUUUGUAACACUUGAAAAGUUUGCUUGAAAAGAGAAAUUUGUCUCAAAAUUGAAAGGAUCUUGUUAUUGAUAUAUUUAGGCAGGUGCUGUCUGUACAACAUUUCUAUCAUUGGAUCUAUUAAAAUAUACAUUCCAGAUUUUCUUUGGCAGCUUUAAUUUUAAUAGUGCAUUAAGGGGUGUUUGUAAAAAAAAUGUUUUAUUUUUAUUCUCUUGAAUGUAUAAAUCUUUACAUUGUCAGAAAAGCAUAGGCGUCCAUUUCUUGAAAGAAAAAAUUAAUACAGUGUAUAGGCUUGUCUUCCAGGGUUUGGUUUCUGUGUUUUUUGUAAACACAUUAUAUCUUGCCAUGGGCUGAAUAUAAUUGUAUUAAUGUGGUCUUAUUUGAAAUAUAUAGAACUUAUAAUUUUUGCGAAGUGACCACGGAAUCCUGAUAUUGAUUAUUUCUGUUAUUAAAAGUGCCAAAGCAGUGGAGGACACCAUUCAUGAAUUCUUAAGGAAGAUUGUAAAUGAUAGAAAAUGUAAUGUGUUGAAACCUUAAUUUAAUUGUUGGCCAUGAAAUGUAUUUUGUGAAAAAUUAUUUAUUUUGGAGUUGUGUCUGUAAUUAUAUGUGAAAAUAAUUGCAUGAGUAAAACUACAGCAGUGUGAUUUUUCCAAGCAUGUAAGUGCUGUUUGUGUACAAAUAAAUAUUUAGUAUUUAUGUUUAACCAGUUAUUUUGAAGAAGAAAAAAUUGAUGUUUCAAAAGUAUUUAUUGAUACAUGUAUAUUAUAUGUAUUUUUGAUUAUUAAUUGUCAAUUAAUAUGACAAAUAUUUAUGAAACUUUUAAGUGACCAAUGGUUAAGCAAAUUGUUUACUGAUGACUGGUGAAAAAUGGACCAAGGAUAUAAAUAAAUAAUGGAAGAGAAGAAAAGACAGCAGUGAAAUUGUAUGUCUGCAUUUGUUUACUUUGUGGUUAUGGGAUUCAUUAUUAUAUGGUUAAUACAAUGUCAUUUUCACUCAGACUAGUGCACUUUCGUAUGCUUAAAAACCUAAAUAUAAAAAAAAGAGUAUUCAAACUUGGUACUUUUCGUUGAAUGGCAGAUAAAGUUAUGGUGAUUUUUGCAUGAGAGAAUUUAUAUUCAUUCUGUGAACGAGGUGGUCUAGUAUGUGUGAUUGCUUUAAUAAACUUUUGGUGGGUGAAUAUGGGAGCAGAUGUCAUGGUUUUAUAUUCAAUGGUAUACAAAUUUCAAAGCUUUAGGUAGAAGAGAGUAAAUGCUGGUCAAAGUCUUAAAGGGGUUUAUCUUGGGUUUGAUUACAUGCAUGUACUGUAUUAAUGUAUUAAGAAUUUAUAUAAUUGUGUGUAUAUUGAUUUUAAAUUUGCCAACAUGUUCAUUCAAAAGAUUGAUUUUCCAUUACCUGUUUUAUCUUAGUUACAUUUACCAGUUUGUCAAACAGUCUGUGUUUAUAUAUGUUGGGCAUGGUUGAGUAAGAAACAGAAUUGAGGAGUUUUGUAAAAUUAUAUGAAUGUUUUUUUUAUUUACUAUGAUCAAAAAAGAUAAUUGAUAAAAUGGAUUGUAAUUCUCUGAAAGUGAUUAUUAUGCUGUAUAUAUAUACAUGUGUAUGUCAAAGGUUUGAUGGUGCAUAUAUGAAUAAUGCUGUUAAUGUUAACAUGACCAACCAAUCAGAAGUCAGUUUACAGGGUAUGUGGUAAUGCAUCUCCUAUCAGAUCUGUCUUUGUAAGUCUACACUUUAUUAUGUGGCAUUAGUGGACCAUUCCAGGAUUUUGUGCAUAUACUUGUAUUCAUAUAUUUUUUUGAUUUUUUUUUUAAAUGUAUGGAACGUAAGAAUUUGUUGAGCGAUUUGUGAUGCCAUUGCACUGGUAGUUUUGACGGGUUUUUGAAUCAUUGGAAAGAGGAAUGUACUGCAUGUAGUCUGUGUGUGAGAGGGGAAGAUGACUGGUGUGAUCACUCUCUAUCAGGUUCACUUAGGUUGUGUUCAUUAUAGAAACAGAAAUGACAAGAAUUAAAAUUGAUCAUAUAUAUACAUAUACAA